AUUUAUUCAUUUCGUUUUGAUAUCGUUGAGGACGUUCAUAAAAAUCUGUCUGCGUUAAGAAUUCACUUAAGAAGAUGUCAAGCUCUUUAACUAAUUUUGAUAUCAACCACGUGGAUGAGAACGGUAUUACUAUGCCUGUAGAUACUAAUACAGUAAGUUGGUUGAAAACUGAAGUUUCCGAUAAAGGGUUGCGGUUAAAACGUACGGAUUUGAAGAAGUCUGCCUUGGUUAAGAAAUCAAUAUUCUCGUCAGGUAAAAAAAAGCGAGUUAAGCAUUCUAUAUUUGAAACUCUCGGAAACUCAACCAAGAAGAAAAUUUUACAAAGUGACGUUAAUGAUGUCGAAGAAAAAAUAGUCCCGAUAUCCGAGAUGUCAAGCGCUAAAACUAUUUUUAAUAUCAACCACGUUGAUGAGAACGGUAUUACUAUGUCUGUAGAUACUAAUAUAGUAAGUUGGUUGAAAACUGAAGUUUCCGAUAAAGAGUUGCGGUUAAAACGUGCGGAUCUGAAGAAAUCUGCCUUGUUUAAGAAAUCAAUAUUCUCGUCAGGUAUGUACGAACGAGUUGAGAAUUCAAAUAAGAAGGAAACAGUACGCAAUGAUAUCAAUUAUAUAGAUGAUGUCACAGUAGGAGUACUUACUGAACCUAAGGUAACUAAUUGCUGUCCUGGUGAAUAUAAUUCUUCUGAUUGUGAUGAGUAUGAUGUUUCUGAAAAUGAUGUUCAGUGUAAUAUCCCACUUCCAACGGGAUUUAACUUGUCUACAGAUGUUACAAUAACUAAAAGCUUUAAGAAUCCAAGCUCAACAACUGAACCAUUUAGCGAAUCGCACUUGAAUGCAAUCACAGGCCAUCUAUCUGAAAUGUUGGUUGCAACAAUUUCACUUUCCUUAGAAGCAUUCAAGCAGAAGCACCAGUUUCUGGUUAAGAGACCCUAA